AUGGAAGAAGAACACGUAGAGACAUUCAACGACGGUUCAGACCUCUGCCAGCAGCUCAUGGACCGUUACGCCAAAUCCCCAGCCCCGCACCACCGUCACCUCCUAGCCGCCGCCGCCGCUCUGCGCUCCAAUCUCUCCUCCGAGUCCCUCCCCCUCACGCCUUCCGCCUAUUUCGCAGCCGCUAUCUCCACCGCGUCGUCGUCUGAGUCCCUAGACUCCGUAUCACUGUCCUCACUUGUGUCCUUUAUGGCCAUCGCGCUUCCACUGGUGCCAGCCGGAGCCAUCUCUGAGGAGAAGGCUCAGGAGGCGGCAGAAAUCGUCGGUACGCUUCUGGUAAGAGAGGGGGAGGGGUUAGGUGUUUCUAGCUUGAGGGCUGCAGUGAAGUGCGUAGGUGUUUUGCUUGGGUUUUGUGAUUUGAAGUAUUGGCAUUCUAUUAAAUUAGGGUUUGAAACUUUGCUCCAGUUCUCCACUGAGAAGCGCCCAAAGGUUCGAAGAUGUGCUCUAGAGUCUCUUGACAAGUUUUUUCGGUCUCUCGAAUCCUCCGCUGUUAUUAAGGAAGCUAGCAAGUUGGUUCUGUCUGAACUGAAAAGGUGCAUUGAUUUAACAUUGAAAUUAUCUGCUUCAAGGACUGCUGAUGAAUGUAAAGAUAAAGGCACCUCAAAACACGAGCACUCAGAAGUCCUACAUAUCUCGGCGCUUACAAGGCAUGUCCUUAAAACUGUAGAAGCUGUUUUUGAAACUUCGAGAGUCCGAGUUAUAGAUCUAGAGAUAGAGGACAUUGUAGUUUCUCUUGCUUCUUUUGUAUCUUUGGGUGAUAAGAACCCAUUGGAUACUGUGAUAUUUGCAGCAAACGUAUUAAAACUUGCAAUGGACUUACUUUAUACUGGACAAUCAAGCUUGUGGAUCAAGAACCUUCCUCUAGUUUGUCAAUCUAUGAUCGGGCUUCUAACUUCGGAGGCAAACACUGCAUCUCAGGCUUCAAGUAUCUUAAAAGAUGUGCUCAAGCACCUUCUUGGUUCCAAUAUCUUAUUAAAUAGUACAUAUGAAACAUUUCGCGAUGAUAGUUCGCUAAGUUCAGAAGGCGAUGCAAUAAAAUCAACAUGUGCAGUUUUUGAGAGCACCCUCUCUGCUACUGAUGGGCUACCAAAUGAGCUUCUUUUGUCAGUCAUAUCUCUUUUGUUUCUUGAGCUUGGAGAAUUCUCAUUUGAAUUCAUGAGGAAUAUUGUGCUUAAACUUGCUGACUUGAUGAUUCAAAACCCCGAUGGCAAGGCUAAUAAUGAACAUCUUCAGAAAUGUAUUGGGUCUGCUGUUUUUGCUAUGGGACCUGAGAAAUUUCUCACACUUGUACCUCUCUCUCUUGAUGAAAACAACUAUACUUAUUCAAAUAUUUGGCUAGUACCAAUCUUAAAGAAGUACAUUACUGGAGCAUCACUUGCUUACUACAUGGAACAUAUCAUGCCUCUUGCAAAGUCCUUUAAGAAGGCUAGCCGUAAGGUCAAUAAGUCAGAGGUUAGUCAAGAUCUGCUGGUUCAUGCCCAUGAAUUGUGGGGUUUGCUUCCUAGCUUCUGUCGUCAUGCAACUGAUACAUAUCAAAGUUUUGCUCGUUUAUGUGAUGCACUGUAUACUUUUCUUAAAAAGGAUGUCUCCAUGCAUGAAAAUGUUUCAACGGCAUUACAGAUUCUUGUGAACGAGAAUAAAGCUGCACUUGGUCCUAAAAAGAACGGGCCUGAUUGUGAUGCAGAACAUAAUUCUUCAUUAGAGAUCAGCAUGCUACCCGCUUCUUCAAAGAAAGUUACUUAUUCAAAGAAAGUUGCUACCAGAAACAUAAAGGCCUUGGGAUUGCAUUCAAAUCAGUUGCUUCUUAUUUUAUCUGAUUUAUUUAUCAGUUCACUUCCUGAAACACGCAUUUCCUUAAAGGGUGCAAUCAGGUGCCUAGCUUCGAUAACCGAUUCUUCUGUAACCAGAGACGUUUUUAUGUCUCUGCUCAGGAGGUUUGAAAUCGUAGAUUGUGAAGGUGAAAGUGAAGUAUUGACGACUAACGGUAAAGCCUUGGAAAUUGAGCCAAGUGAUGAGAAGAGAUGUUCUCAAAGGUGUGCAAUAAUGGAAAUAGCAUUCUGUCUUGUUGAAGGAGCCAAUGAUAAUCUUGUUGAGAUGAUUUAUAAUUUAACUGUACAUUCAUUUCAGGCAACAAAUGAGAGUGUUCGAUAUGAAGCAUACAACAUUUUGAGCAAAAUUUUGGAGGAGCAACCAGGCUAUUCUUCACCUAAAUACAUCGAGCUAAUUGAUUUAUUACUUAGUGUAAAGCCUCCAACCGCAGUUACUUCUCUAAGAAGCCGGUUUGCUUGUUUCAACAUUCUGAUGGUACAAAUUGUGAAGAUUAGCUUAGAAGAGGACGUCAACUCAAAGGCUUUUCUCAUUCUCAAUGAAAUCAUCCUCACAUUAAAAGAUGGAAAUGAUGAAGCUAGGAAAGAAGCUUGCGAUUUACUCUUAAAUAUAAGUUCUAGUUUGAGAGACUUAUCAUGUGUUGGCCCGGUUGCACCAUAUCACAAACUAGUUAGCAUGAUAAUGGGAUAUCUUUCCGGUUCAUCUCCCCAUAUAAAAAGUGGAGCAGUAUCUGCGCUGUCAGUAUUGGUAUAUAAGGAUGCAAACCUUUGUCUCUCCAUUUCUGAUCUUGUCCCUUCUCUUUUAUCUUUGUUGCACAGCAAAGAUACGGAAAUCAUAAAAGCUGUCCUGGGAUUUUUUAAAGUGAUGGUCUCUUGCUUAGAAGCUAAAGAGUUGCAGAGUAUUCUCUCAGAUGUUGUUGCUGAAAUCAUCCGCUGGUCAUCUGUUUCAAGACAUCAUUUUAGAACAAAGGUUACAGUCAUAUUAGAAAUAUUAAUUCGGAAGUGUGGUUCCGCUGCUGUGAGAAUGGUUACCCCAGAGAAGUACAUGGAUUUUCUAAAGACGGUUUUAGAGAAUCGACAUGGCAAAUCAAAUGAAGCAGCUGCUAAUGAUACAGAAAAUACACCUGAAGUUUCAGCUGCCAAAGGGCCGGAGCGGAGGAAACAUAAUAACAGAGAUACUCAAGAGAAAGACUCGUUUCAACAAAAAAAGAGAAAAAAUAAAUUUGAGAGAGACUUGUCAAGCAAUAAGGGACCAUCUAAGUCUACUAGCAGUGAUGAAUUCAGAUUAGCCAAGAGAAGUAGGUAUUCUAGUGAUACAAAUUCAAAUAUAAGGUCAGAAGGAACUAAAAAGGGGAAUAAAAGCCAGUUCAGAAGUUUCUCUCAGGGUGAUGGUAAUAGAAACGAAAGGCUGGAAGGCGCGAAGAAUAAUAAAGCAGCCUCUAAUGUAGGUAAAGGAGCUUCCAAAUCAAACAAGUUAAAAAGGAAAUUCAAAAGAAGUUGA